AUGUUUAAACACACCAAGAUUUUUGACGUGCCUUGUUUCAGUGGUCAAGAUCUCACUAAUUUUAUCAACAAUAAAUGCCAAUACCGCAAUCGCCAAAAACAACGACAAACUCUGGCAACAAAAGACAACCCUCAGCAAAAUUCCCGGACGGUUCACAGCCUUGAAUUGAGUGCUAACCAAAGAAGGGAACCAUCCUUUAAACUAGAUCGAUGGAGCAUCAAAGUUGAAAAUUUUCAAAAAAAAAUUCCUCGGAAUUUGUCUACUUCUGAUAGAUUAACAACAAAAACUAUAUUUAUUUUAAUAUUUUUUCUUCUUUUAAUUAUUUCAUCAGUACAAAUUAAUGGAGAAGAUCAACAACGAAAACAACAAGAUGAAGCGAUUUUGGCUGUUUUUCGAGAUAGCUAUGAAGGACAUGAAGUGGAAUUACAGAGGAUGGUCAUGGAUAGAUCAACGGGCCGUCUUUAUGUUGGAGCCGUUAAUCACUUGUAUGAUUUGUCUCCAGAAGGAUUGGCGAUCCGAGAACAUGCUUUAACUGGGCCUCGUGCUGAUUCUGUUCUUUGUGCAGAUGCCUUAAAUAUAUGCAAAGAGCCAUUAGUACCUACAGAUUCACAUAUAAAGGCGUUGGCUAUAUUUCCGGAUUCUAACAAAUUGAUUGAAUGCACUUCUCUUUAUCAGGGCCGUUGCCGAACCAGAAACUUGUCAAACAUUCGUCGAGAGAGUGAUGUUCGUUUCUCUAGGCCUGGAAUUGUACCUAAUGAUGAUCAUUCUUCUGCUCAAGUAUUUGUUGGUUCUGGCCCAUCGACAGGAGGGUCUUCAUCUCAGCCGCGUGUUCUUUAUGUUGGAUCCACCUACGUUCCUAUUAGCUUAGGACCCCGAGAUGCUUUAGACGUACCUUCAGUCUCCUCGAUUUCACUGGAAAACGGUCGCCUUUUUGAGUUUACAGAGCAGUCAAUCAGUUCUGGAACUUAUAUGAAACUGGAUUAUAGAAGGAUGCCAAUUGAUUAUAUUGGUGGUUUUGAGGCCAAUGGUUUCGCUUAUUUUGCUACAAGACAACCUAAAUAUACACCGCAACCUGAUGCCCAACCGAUUAUUUCAAAGUUGGUUCGAGUCUGCACUCAAGAUCCGAAUUUCUACUCAUAUACUGAAGCUCCAUUAGAGUGUGAAUGGGCGGGCCAGAGUUACAAUCUUCUCCAAGCUAUUUAUUUGGCCAAUGCUGGGUUUGAUCUUGCGGCAACAAUGCGAUUAAAACCAACUGAUCUUGUUCUGUUUGGAGCAUUUGCAAGAGGGGAAGGCCCAGAGAGGAACCUAACAACUCGAGAUUCUGCGUUAUGUGCUUUUUCUCUUCGACAUAUCGAAGCCAAAUUUUUUGAGAAUGUUCGUGUCUGUUACAACGGAAAUACACGUACAAACCUUCCUUGGUUCAAUUCUGAUAAAAUGUGUACGGCAACACGAUAUCCGGACUCUGAAAUUAUGUGUGGCAAAGAUGUGAAUAGCUAUAUCGGUGGAGAGAUACCAAUUUCGGCUAGAGCUUUUCUCGUGGAUCGAACUUCACUUUUUACUUCUUUAGCCAUUUCAUCCGUUCAAACAGCUACUGUUGCAUUUAUUGGCACGAGUGAUGGUGUUCUUCAUAAGGCGUUACUAGAAGGUGAUGAUGGACAAUCACACAUCUUUAAGUCAAUCCAAGUUAGUAGCGAUGGAACUCCUAUCUUGCAGGACAUGGAAUUGGACGAAAAGAAUGGAUUUCUGUACGUAUUACAAAAACGUGCGUUAUACAAGAUAAACAUCCGUCUUUGCGCUCAAUCACAAGAUUGCCACUCAUGUCUGAAUGCAGGAGAUCCAUACUGUGGUUGGUGUUUAAAACCUUCGGCAUGUACAACGCAAGAAGUUUGUGAGGCUGAUGCUUUAAAUCCACGUGCAGACUGGCUUAACUACAAAUCAGGACGUUGUCCUGCUAUUCGUGCCGUAGAACCACGGGAGCAACAAAUAACAUUUUCACGUCCUAUUCAUGUUCGUAUAGAAAAUGCGCCACCAGCACUUGCUAGUCAUGAUGGAUCAACUAAAGCAACGCUUUACUGUUCUUUUCAUUUUCCAAAUCAAAUGCUAGUCAAUGUUUCAGCUAUUUCUAGAGAGGGAGAUCAAGUUGUUUGCGCAACACCAAUUCGCUCAAACCUUAAAACUCUCUUGGCUAGAACUCAGACAAUAAACGAAGUAGCACGGGAUGGACUUGUUGCUCGUCUAUCAAUAGUUCAAAGUGCUGAUUCAGCCGUACUUGCUUCAACUAAUUUUACUUUCUUUGAUUGCCAUCAAUUAAUCAGUUGUCAAGAAUGUGCUUCUGUUCGUUUUAGUUUAUGCGAUUGGUGCGCACUAACUGCUAAAUGUGUCCCUAAUGCUGAGGACGUUUGUCAAGGAGAAUCACUUGUUAACUCCGUCAGUAGAAUUGGUCCUUCUUCGCGACGGGGCCCUGAAUUCUGUCCUCAAUUUUCAUCUCCAGAUGGCGAUUUGUUUGUUUCAUCAGGUCAGCGUCGCAGAGUUAAAGUUCAGGCUACCAAUUUACAUGAACAAAUGGGGGCCUUCAAAUGCCAAUAUACUCUAAUUGAGCAAAAUAGUGUUACGCAUGAAAAAUUGGCACAGCGAGAAGGAAAUGAGAUUAUUUGUGAGGAGAUGCUUUUUGAUUUUAACGGUUCUGGUGAUGGUAAUGGGACUGGUACAGCUCUAUUUAAUAUUGUUUGGGCACCACCUGGUUUAACAACUUCUACUAUUUUUCAUCCGCUUGAUAACAGUCAAAAAAUGAAAGUGAUAAUUUAUCGGUGUCAACAAUUGGCCACAAACUGUGGCCUUUGUUUAGGAUUGGAUUCGAGAAAGUUUGAAUGUGGAUGGUGUGAAAAUGAGGGAAUUUGUUCUCCAAAAAAUGACUGCAAAGAAGGAUGGCUUUCACGUGGAAGCAACAACUUAGUUUGCCCUAAUCCUCGAAUUGAUGAUUUUCAACCGCAGAAAGGUCCAAUCAAUGGAGGAACAAAAAUAACUAUUCAUGGCACUAAUUUGGGUUUAAGUUUUGCUGAUGUUCGUGAUACUGUGCGGGUUGCGAGUGCUAAAUGUGAUGUCAGUGAGGCAGAGUAUUUGCCUUCUCGACGAAUUGUUUGCUACACAAGAGCACCUAGCACACGUCAAAAGCAGGGACAGCAUGUGAUUGUACGUUUGCGUGAUGAUCGUAAAUACACGGCUGUUUCUACGCAGACUUUCACUUACACAAACCCUCAAAUAUCAUCUUUUCAGCCAUUUAGAGGACCAAAAAGUGGUGGAACAGAUUUGACAAUUCUUGGUAUGGAUCUCGACUCUGGUAUUACUUUUAACCUCAGUAUUGGUAAUUCACCCUGUGAGCUGCGUCAAAGGUCUUCUUCUAUGGUCGUAUGUAGAACGGGUCCAGCUUCAUCUGAAAAGCCUGAGUAUUUGGUUUUGAAUGCAGAUGGUACUCAAAUACGGGUCGAUAAUGUUCAAUUUCAAUACACGUUAGAAUUUAUAUCUAUUCUGAUAUUAAGCUUUUUUAGUGCCAAUCCUUCAAUUGAUCGUGUUCCAAAACCUGUUUCCACUAUUUCUGGUGGAAUUCUAAUUGAUGUACAUGGCAAUGGUUUGGAUCUAUUGCAGCGGCCUCGAAUGAUGAUCAACUGGGAAGGACAGACCUUUUGGGGCGCUAAAUGUGAAAUAAUUGACGAGCAUUUAAUGAUAUGUAGAACUCCACCUUUAGAAUUAUCUUUGGAUCGCCGUAUUCAAUUGAGCAUUGAACGGCCUUUGCGAGUAGAUUAUGGAUUUGAUUUGGAUGGCGCACUCACUGGCAACUUGACUUCAUCAGCAGACCGAACACUUCCUAAACUAUUGGUUUUUCCUGAUCCACGUCUUCAACCUCUCCCUGAAGUGCUAACUGUCCGACCAGGAGGAGAUUUAGUUCUAAAGGGGCACAAUCUAAAUUUGGCAGCGUCUGCACGCGAUGUUCGUGUCACUGUUGGAGGUAUGCCAUGUAAUGUAACUGCAUUGGCUAUUAAUACACUCACAUGUGUUUUACCUCAACACUUGGAUGAAGGACAACGCGAUGAACAAAUGGAUGUGCUAGUUUAUAUCGGAGACAAAAUAGAGAAGGUCGGAGAGGCGUCUCAACACUUUCGGGUUCCAGAUCCUUCACAAUGGCUUAUUUUAACUGUUGCUGUUGCCUUCCUUGGAGUAUUUUUGGCAUUGAUGCUUUUCGUUUUUUAUCGUCGCAAAGCUACUUGUCACAAUAGACAAUUGCAUUAUUUAAAGGCUCAAAUGAAUUCAAUCGAGAUGCGCGUUGCACAAGAGUGCAAAGAAGCUUUUCACGAAUUACAAACAAAUAUGAAUGCUUUGGCUGGUAGUGUGCCUCAGGGUGCGUCUUUCAUCCCUUUUCUGCCAUAUUCAGUUUAUGCCGCUCGUAUUCUUUUUCCACAUUUUUCUGGUACUUCACCGGCAUCAUUGCAUCCUGUCCUAAGAGAAUUGACUGUUGAACAAGAUAGAGCUUUACAAGUAGAAAGUAGCUUAAGGCAAUUGCACUGCCUUCUCCAGAAUCGUAUUUUUCUUCUAUGCUUUGUUCGUUCUAUUGAUGCUAACAAAUAUUUGCUGGUAAAGGAUCGUGUUUAUGUUGGUUCUCUUUUAAUGGUUGUUCUACAGCGUGACUUUAAUGUGCUCACUGACGUGCUCAAACAAUUGCUCAGGGAUUUAAUUAGACGGAAUGUUGAGAGUAAAUUUCAACCAAAAAUUCUUUUUCGUAGGGCAGAAUCUGUGGCUGAAAGAAUGUUAUCUGCCUGGUUUGCAUUUCUCAUGUAUAAACAUUUGAGGAGAAGUGCUGGCAAACAACUUUAUCAACUUUACUGGGCUACAAAACAACAAACUGAAAAAGGACCGCAAGAUGCUAUAACAAUGGAUGCCCGUUAUUCCCUUUCAGAGGAAAAACUUUUGCGUGCUUCUGUUGACUUUAGGGAGCUAACAAUUUUUAUUUUGUCUGACUCAAAUUCUACAGUUUGUGAUACACAAGUUCGUGUACUUGAUUGUGAUUCUAUUGGACAGGUUAAAGAGCGUUGUUUGGAUGCUAAAUAUAAAACAACACCUUUUUCUGAACGUCCAUUAUCUUCAGAAAUUGAUCUUGAAUUGCGUACACCAAAACAUAGGAUGGUUUUGCAAGAUCUAGAUGGAAGUUCUCGAUUUGAAGCAGGCGGUUUUUGGCGGUAUAACACUCUAGCUCAUUACAAGGUUGAGGAUAAAGCAACAUUUGCACUUGUUCCUAGAAAUGCCACCUCAUCUUCUUACAAUCUUUCUCUGAUUUCUGAUAAAUCUGACAAAUCUUCUGGUGGUUCUUUUGCAUUUUCUUCUACCCAUUUUCAUCAAUACACUGCUACAGCCAAUAGUCCAGUUCUUCAAAAAACUUCUGCUGUUGGUGGUGGAGGUUCUUUUUUCACUACUGGCUCUAUUGGCGGUCAUUCUAUAGCUGGCGGUGGAAGGUCGGCCGCAGAUACUUUUGCAGCUGGCGGCACUGGAACAAUGCGUGUUUUUCAUUUGGUCAGACCACCAAACUCAAAUGUUUCUCAUGGAACAGAAGGUCAAGAACAGAAAAUGGUCACUGAAAUUUAUUUAACAAGGCUGCUGACAAUGAAAGGGACAUUACAAAAGUUCAUUGAGGAUAUGCUUGAAACUAUUUUCUCUUCAACCUCAUCACCUCAAUCUCCUUUUCCAUAUUGUGUAAAGUAUAUGUUUGAUUUCCUUGAUGAUCAAGCUCGUGAACAUGGAAUUGUCGACCCUGAAGUGGUGCAUGUAUGGAAGAGCAAUUCACUACCACUUCGUUUUUGGGUUAACCUUAUUAAGAACCCUGAUUUCAUUUUUGACAUCCAAAAGCCGACACGCAUUGAAGGAUCUCUAAAUGUUGUGGCCCAAACUCUUAUGGAUGCAUGUUCUACUCAUGAACAACAUUUAACGAAAGACUCACCAAGUAGUAAACUUCUUUUUGCAAAUGAGAUGGACAAAUACCGUCAAUGGGUUCAGCGUUUUUAUACUCAAAUUGCAGAGGCAGAGCCAAUUCCUGAUAGAGAGAUGGCUAUGCUUUUGGCUGAAGAGAGUCAAGAACAUGGACAAGAAUUUAUGAUUUACUCGGCUCUUAACGAAAUUUAUUCUUAUGUGAAUCAAAAUAAGGAAAUGCUUUUUGAAGAAUUGAGCCAAAAUGAAUUUGCUUUGCAACAACAACUACCUGAGGCUCUUCACAAACUAUUAGAUACAAUGGAAGUUCCUCCCGAUGCUCAAUUCAACGGUUCCAUGUUACUAUCGGAUACUUAUGCCGAUUCGAAGACCAAACUUGUGACACACAACGGUAACUUUUAUUAGCCAUCAUUAUAGCUUUUCUCAUCCUUUUUUUUCAUCAUAUAAAUUUAAUUAUAAUCUUGAUUCUCCCUUCUUUUACUACAUAUAACUUUGUUAUCUGAUCAUUGUGACUUCAGGAUUACUCGAUUCUAGCUACUUUUUUCGUUAACUGCUUUAAGAUAUGUUUUUUUUUCGAAAUUUCCUUCUGCCCUAAACUCAUGGGGCCAGUAAAUCGUAGAGAUGACUUAUCAAACAAUUUUACGGCUUGUCACACUCUUCAUCGCUACGUCAUCAUAAUCCUUAAGUCACUCGUAUAUCCCCAAGCCAUUUUAAACG